GGACAGCAUCCCGGCGUGCCCGCUCUUGCCGCUGCCGCCGCGGGCGGGACUCUCCGGGCGGGGGCUCGGCGGGGAAGGGGCCGGGGCGCGGCGGGCGCCCCAUUGGCUCUCUCAGUCGGCACAUGUCGCCAGCCCAUCUAUAAAGCCGGCCGCGGCCCCGCUUCUAGCCCGUCCUCCUGCUUCCGCGCUGUACCAGGCACGCCGCUAGCCCCAGCUCUGCCGCCAUGGCCAUUGAUGCAUUUUUAGGCAAAUGGUGCCUCAUCUCCAGCGAGGGCUUCGAGGACUAUAUGAAGGAGCUGGGUGUGGGUAUGGCCAUGAGAAAAAUGGGAAGCAUGGCCAAACCAGAUGUUUACAUUAUUAAGGAUGGGGACACAAUCACCGUAAAAACAGAAAGCACCUUCAAAACUUCACAGUUCAGCUUCAAGCUUGGGGAGAAAUUUGAGGAAAAUACAUUAGAUGGCAGGAAAACUCAGACCCUUAUCAGCUUAAAGGAUGAUGGGUCAUUGAUUCAGGAGCAGGAAUGGGAUGGCAAGAAGACCAUAAUAACACGGAAACUUGUGGAUGGACAGUUGGUGGUGGAAUGUGACAUGAAUGGUGUCAAGUGUGUUAGAGUCUACCAGAAGGCAUGAGGACAUCUUCAUGAUCAGUAGGAACUUGCUGCAACCAACUCAGUUCAGUGGACAGAGCUCCUUUACACUCCGUAUUUUCCUUUUCCCUGUUUUCUAGUAUUUCAAUGGACUGAGUAGCUGAGUGCAAUCGUUUUUAAAAGCCGUGGUGUAACUGUUAUGUAACUACUCUGAACUUAUGAGGCUAUUAAAUAAAAUUGUCAAAUAUAUGAAGUGGAAAUGUUGUUACUAUAGUGGAAUUUUAAUGUGAGGUUUUAUUAAAAACUCAGUUUGGUUUUAGGCUCUACUGCAAACUCCCUUCAGUUCAAGGUAAUGCAAUAUCUGGCAAGGAACAGUUAAUAGCUAGGUGAAUUUUGACCAGCAUCUUUAAUUGUUAAGGUAGUAAAAUCUGAAAUAGAAAAAAACAUUCAGAUUUCAGACUCUAGAAUUGUGUUUAACUUGAAUGUUACAAAGUAAAAAGAAUAGGGAGGGUGGAGGUACAAGUUAGUUGUCAGCUUUGAGUAGAGGAGUUAAGUAAGGGGCUAGUUUGGUUUUUCAUGUUUCAAACCCCACACAACUUUCUUAUCUGAAAUUGAUAAACAAACAUACAUGCUUUACUUAAAGGAAAACUUAUUUUGAGUAGACUUUUGUUUUCCUAGCAAAGUUUCUUAUCUAGUAAUCCAAAAAUUCCUAACUACAAUCUACUGAAAUACUGCCUAAAACUUAAAGCCUCUUUUUUUUUUUUUAUUUUUAUUUUUUUUAAAGUUUUAAUUUUUAACUGGCUUGAAACACCUAGCAAUGGAGUUUAUAUGUUUUCAAGUGCCAUAAUAAAUAAUCAGAAAUA